AUGGUUCUGCAACAACUGUUAAUACUAGUUCUAGUUUUAAACCAAUGUCGCCAAAGUUUCAAAAAGGCGUGAAAUAUAAUAUGAAAGUUAUUAUUCGGGGUGAUAUUAGAACUGGAAAGUCUACAUUAUUUCAUCGUUUACAAGGAGACCCAUUUAAUCAAGAAUACACGCCAACACCGCAAAUACAAGUGACUAAUAUCCAAUGGAUAUACAAAAAUACCGAUGAUGUGAUAAAAGUGGAAAUUUGGGAUGUUGUCGAUAAAGGACUAAAUUUGUCGAAGCCGAGCACUAAAUCUCCUAAUUCAUCCACGACUACUACUACCAAUAACAGUGUUGGAUUAAAAAUAGAAAAUGCUGCGGCAUCACCAACACCACAUUCAGCAGCAUCUAAUCAAGAAUACACUCUUGACGCUGCCACAAUAGACGUUUAUCGAAAUACACAUGGGGUGAUCUUAAUCUUUGAUAUCACGAAAACAUGGACUUUUGAUUACGCUAUAAAAGAAAUUCAACGUGUUCCGGGACAUUUGGCAAUCUUGCUUUUGGGAAAUUUUGUUGAUCAAAUGCAAAUAUAUCAAGCAAUCGCCGACUGCAAUCGACUACGAACUUCUGAGUACCCAUCUGCGAAUACCGUUCGGUAUGUCGAGGCUAGCAUGGUUACUGGAUUCGGAUUAGAUUAUAUUUAUAGAUAUUUUGGGGUUCCUUUUUUACAGUUGCAGAGAAAUACACUUCGUCAACAAUUAGAAUUAAAAACGAAGGAAUUGGUUGAUCUGCUAGGUGUGCUUGAUCAUAGCGAUGUGAUCCCGAAUAAUAUUCGGAAACGACAAAUUGAACCUUCUUCACUUGAUCAAGAGGAUGUUGAAGAUGUUGAAGAUAACGUGAGAUUAGAACAGGAAAAAGAAAAGGGACAGGAAGUGAUGAAGAAUUUAUGGGAUAAAGAAUAUGAAGAUUUGGUGCUUCAAAAAGUGUCUGAUAAUACACCAAAGAAAUCAAUUUCACCAAAACGAUCAACAGAAAUAAUUUGUAGCACCGUUAAUACUACAUCUUCACCCGUAUCACCUUCUAAUCAACAAAUUACAACAAUAAUAGCACAAGUUACUCCCGAUGUAGCAACUAUCGAUGAAUUUAACGCCGGGCAGUUACAAGAUGAUUUUUUCGAUGAUGAUACUCUUGAUAAUAAUAAUCCUAAUAAUUCAAAUCCUCCUAAACCAUAUAAAAACCCAUCUUUUAGUAGUGAUCUGUUACCGGAGAUAUGGCUUCUUGCAAAACGAAUUAGUUUACUUGAACGUCGUCGGUCGUCAUCUGACUCGCAUGGUGGUUACGAAUUUACUACACCGCAUUCUACUGUUAUACGUAAUAGCAUAGAACAUGAUGAUGGAUUCCGAGGUAACCAAUCAUUUGAUAUGUCGUCGGGAGGAUACACAGGUGUUUCUGCGUCAUUUGGACCUAACAAUGGAUAUGAGGAGAUUGGUGAAAGUAAUGAUAAUCCGUGGGUGGAUGAGAAUGUUCAGCAUAAAAAAGAAGUAUUACCGACAAUAGACGAGUCACUCAAUAAUGAUGAUAUUUCGAAGCAAGGAGAUUCUUCAACUCAUGAUUUUUCUGUUGAUUAUAAAGAUGGGAAUAAUGAUAAGGAUAAUAAGUCAACUACAGAAAGACAGAGUCAUCCUUUACAUCUUCAUCAUCCAAAAUCAUUUCUCGAAUUUGAAGAUUUAUCAUCGUCUGCCUCUUCUUCAUCUUGGGGAAUUCAUACUACAACAAUAACUUCGACAUCACCUUCGGAAUCUUUACAAUAUUUCAAAUUACCACCAAAUAUUGCAACUACGAUGAACAAUUCAAAAGACGAACCUUCAAAUGAGAAUUCACAUAAAAAGAAAAAAUCCAUAGACAAUUCUAAUAGUAAUAAUAAUUUAUCAAUGACAAAAAAGAAAAAGAAAAAAAAGGUCGUUAAUAAUGAUCAAGAUACUGAUAGUAACCCAACAAUUGAGAAAUCAAAAAAGAAAAAGAAACCGAAAAGCAUUAAUAGUAGCGGUGAUGUAUUAGAAAAUGGUAUUGUUGUUAAUGAUGUGAAUUCAUCGAGUGGAAAAAAGAAAAAAAGUAAAAAAGUAUAA